CAAGGCCUAGAGUUGUGAGAUUCCCGUCCCUCGAUCUCGAUUUCUCAAUCAAAUAUAAAAAUGUUGUCAAAAAAAUUAAAUAUAAAAGUCAUGCAGCGCAGCAGCCAAUACGGGCAGGCCACAGAGAACGUUGACCAGGGGCGCCCAACCCAUGGCGGAAAGCGACGCGCGCGAGAUAAAAUGGCGGGGAAGCCGGCAGCAAGGCCAACUCGCCUCUCAAAAUCUUCGUUGCCUCCGCUCUGCAUCCUGCUUCCUGCAGAGUACACAGACUCGGUGAUCCCCAAUCCUUCCUCCCCGUCCUCCGGUUCCCACACCAGCAAGCAUGAUCUCCCCGCGCCCCGCGCUCUCCCCCAGCUUCCUCGCCUUCCGGCCGGGCUCCCUCUCCCCGGCCGCGUCGCCGCCGCCGUCCCCGCGCCUCCACCACGCGCCGCCGCCCCUCUCCGCCUCCAUCUCCUCCACCGUCGCUGCCACCGCGGCGCCGGGCCACGCGGCGGCGGCCAGCUCCUUCUACGACGUCCUCGGCCUCCGCCCCGGGGCCAGUGCGCGGGAGAUCAAGGCCGCGUACCGUCGCCUGGCGCUCGCCGUCCACCCGGACGCCGCCGCCGCCGCCUCGUCCGCCGAGGACUUCAUCCGCGUCCACGCGGCCUACUCCACGCUCUCCGACCCCGACAAGCGCGCCGACUACGACCGCCGCCUCCUCCUCUCCGCCGCCGCGAGACGGCGCACCGCCGCUCUCGGACGCUCGCCCUCGUUCCCAGCGCACCGUUCCCGCCGGACCUGGGAGACUGACCAGUGCUGGUGACAUGUGAUUGUGAAGAAAGAUCUUGGACGUCUGCGGCUGGCGCGCCUCCCGCAGUCGCCGUCGGCCCGCAGAAUCUUCCGAUUGGUUGGGAACGCGAAGAUCCCCGCAGGCCGCAGCCACUGGACUCACUUGUGGCCGAGCGAUAUGCUCCCAGAAAGCAUAGCCGCAGCAGCCUCCCACUGUGGAAAAUAGAUGGUGUGUGACGUCCUCUGUUUUGGAUCAUGGGAUGUGUAGUGUAUGUGUAUGUAUGACUUGGUGUUGGUGUCGCCAUGUGAGAUUGUGAUAGGAUAGGUUAACUUAAAUACUCCUAUAUGAUGGAGAAGAUAAGGCUGAUGGCCACAGCAAUAAUGCAGUCGAGCUAUGAGAAGAAAGCGAUUGGUCUGUCUCGUUGCAUACUCUUCUUCUUGGGUGAUCGACUGAUCGUGGACGUGGUUGCAAGUUUGAGUAAUCUGUCAGUGUCUUUGCAUA